UUGCGGAUCUCGGGUUCUCGGGAAUGGGUUCACGAAGAACAGAAAAAGUGAAUCAAACAUCAAUUUUACUAAUGUAUAUUUGGUAUUGACAACAGUUUUUAAUAUUCCAGUGAUACUGAUGAACAAAUUUCAAACUUGAAAUUAUAUAAGUACCAUUUUCGUCUACAGGCAUUCCAAACCCAUUAUUAUUUAGUUUGUGAUGAAACAAUUUCAAUACGGUUCAAUCUAGCUAACAGUAUAGUACAACAAUUGUGAUAAAAGUUGACGGAGGAUGUUAUUGUCAAUGAUAGUAUAGUGAUUAGUGUACAACUUAAGUUCUUUACACAGAAAUUCGAAACGAAAUAAGGCAGGACAAUGGAGACUGAAGAUGACGUGGGGCGGAACCUGCUAGACGACAUGCCGCCAAUCAAUUGCGAGCUCUUCGAGGGGCCGUACAGCGGUAGCAACGACAUUGGCGAUAUGACUUUCUGUCUUGGAAACUACGUACCUGACUUUAUGAAGAUGCUUUUCACUAUGCGCUCUCACCAUAUGUUAACCGACGUCGUUUUAGAAGUUGGCAACGAGUUAUUUCAUGUUCACAAAGUAGUACUGGCUGCUGGAAGUCCUUAUUUUAAGGCCAUGUUCACAAGUGGUUUGAAGGAGAGUGAGAUGUCUCGAGUGCGACUACAAGGUGUUUGUCCGUCGGCGAUGGCGUGGCUCGUCUACUUCAUGUACACGGGAAAAGUGCGCAUCACCGAAGUCACAGUGUGCCAGUUGCUGCCAGCAGCCACAAUGUUCCAGAUAUCCAACGUAAUAGACGCUUGCUGCGCGUUCCUCGAGCGGCAACUUGAUCCGUCCAAUGCCAUUGGAAUAGCCAACUUCGCAGAGCAGCACGGCUGCGUCGAGCUCAAGCAGAAAGCCAACCAGUUUAUAGAAAGGCAUUUUACACAAGUGUGUCAAGAAGAAGAGUUUUUACAAUUAACGCCUCAAGAACUAAUAUGUUUGAUACGGAAAGAUGAACUAAAUGUAAGAGAGGAGCGAGAAGUUUACACUUCGGUUUUAAGUUGGGUAAAAUACGAUGAGGACCGAAGGUACCCGCGCAUGGAACAUAUUUUACAAGCCGUGCGCUGUCAAUACCUUACUCCUAACUUCCUCAAAGAGCAGAUGAGCACAUGUUCCGUUCUCAAGAAAGUCCCUGCGUGUAGAGAGUACCUCGCUAAGAUAUUUAAGGAUCUGACAUUACACAAGAAGCCAGUGGUAAAGGAACGGCGGCCCAACACUCCGCGUAUCAUAUACGUGGCCGGCGGCUACUUCAGACAUUCCAUAGACGUGUUCGAGGCUUUCAACUUGGACGACAACUGCUGGACCACUCUACCAAGGCUAACAGUACCACGAUCUGGACUUGGGGCAGCAUUUCUAAAAGGGUUCUUCUACGCGGUUGGCGGCCGCAACACUUCUCCGGGCUCAUCGUACGACAGCGACUGGGUCGACGUGUAUAGCCCCAGCACCGAACAGUGGCGCCCUUGUAGCCCUAUGGCCACGCCCCGACAUAGGGUGGGUGUGGCAGUAAUGGACGGUCUUCUGUAUGCGGUGGGUGGAUCGGCGGGAUCGGAAUAUCACAAAACUGUUGAAUGCUACGACCCUGAGAAAGACGCAUGGACAUACGUUGCGGCUAUGGGUAGAGCUCGACUGGGCGUGGGCGUUGCCGUGGUCAACCGCCUUCUAUACGCGGCGGGCGGCUUCGACGGCGCUCGACGCUCUAACUCCGUUGAGUGCUACCACCCAGAGAACAACUGCUGGACCGAGGUCGCACCCAUGCACUACGCGAGGAGUGGGGCCGGCGUGGCUGCACUUAACCAGUACAUCUACGUGGUGGGCGGGUACGACGGCGCGGCGCAACUCGCGUCCGUAGAACGUUACGACACGGAGCGCAACACCUGGGAGGAGGUCGCGCCGGUACGGGCUGCGAGGUCCGCACUCUCGCUGGCCGUCCUGGACAACAAGCUAUAUGCCAUGGGUGGUUACGACGGCACCGCGUUCCUUGACAUCGUAGAGAUCUACGAUCCUACUACGAACUCGUGGAAAAGCGGAACGCCACUCUCGUCGGUCCGGUCCGGGCAUGCGUCUGCCGUGUGCUACCAGCACGUGCCGCCGCUCGAUCAAGACGCCCCGACGCUUGUGGCAAAGCUACCUCGCCGUGCGCCCCCCGCGCCCCAUAGCACUACAGCCACGCCCCAAGCCCCGCCCUCUACCUCUAGCGCGGAGGAUGUACCCAUGGCUAACAACAUACUAAGCAGCCUCUCCACCUCUCAUAGACGAUUAUAGCGCGAAUAAUAGCAUGACCACCGCGUGAACUCAUGACACGGAUACGUCACGAAUUUUAAGGAAAUCGUUACUCUCCUGAGACUUAUUUUGUUGACGUCCGCGUGAGUAUAUUUUUAGCGGUCAUGCUAGUUAAUCAAGUGACUCAGUGUUGUGGAUGUGUGACCUUGUCAAGUACAGUGCUACACAAAUAAUAUUUAACAUAUACACUUCACGGAAGUUUAAAGUGAGUUUUGGAAUGAGUUAUGGAUAGGGGGGUUAUGCUCUUGUAUAGAUCCGUGUAGCGCUCCUCAAAUAAUAUUGUAUCCUGUGCACAACGAACUGAGAAUACUAUGAGUGGGUAACUGCGCUGCUUCACUGACAAAUUAUUUUGAUUAUACCAUAGUAGAUCGGUUUAAGUUUAGUUUGAUUCAAACUUUAUGUCUGCCGGGUUAGCUGCGAGUGUAGCUUCGCGAACUGUACCGUACCGCUGUUUAUCUGAUACCAAAUAUUGAAUUUCGCGCAUCGAAAUGCACGAAGUUCGAGAAGUCAUGAUCGAACAAACACAGACCAUUCAGCUGCCUUGUGGCUGUGUUGUUGGCGCGUGUUGUAUUCCGGCAAGCGUGAAAAUUGGUUCUUGGCAUGGCCGAUCGCGGUACUUAGUACGCAAGCCUGCUGCAGCAUAGGAUUUUUGUAUGAUGACUUCAAUGAAUUGGAUGGAUGAUGUUAUGUAAUAGGUGUUGAAAGACCAGAUUGUCCGCCAAUCCACAUUGGGCCAGCGUGGUGGACAGCGGCCUAAGCCCUUCUCAUUGUGGAAGGACCCAUGCCCUGUAGUGGGCCGGUAAUUCAGUAACUUAAUAUCAGAGUCAUCCACCAUUAAUUUGAUGCAAACUGGUCUAUGGUUUAAACACUAAAGCCCCUAUCUGGGGUAAUUUUAAGUAGUGCCAUUUUUAAGCGGAAUUCGUAUUCCAUACUACACCGAGUUCGUUGACUGUGAGUAUUCGUAAAUUGGUGAUAAAUUCAACCGUGCCAUAAAAAGUGAAUUACACCAACGAUGUGCGAGCACCGCGUAGUGCUUUUGAGCCGGGAUGUGAUAUAAAUAAGCCUAAUUGACACUUUUUAAGAAGUGCAUAUGUUAAGCGCAAGGGUGAAAAGAUUAGUAAAAUCACUCUAUAGUCGUAAAAAUGUAAUAGGCCCGUUUUGACAUUUGUGCAAGACCAUAGAAUGUA